GUAGAAUAAGUACAUCAAUUUCUUUUUCAUUGCGCCCCCAAAGAAGAAGUAUGGCGCAGGGCUUAAGCCCUGCUGCAACUAGCGGACCCCAAUAUGCAGGCGAUCAUCAGAGGUUGGAACUCACCUUCUAUCUCAGUCCACAAGAAGCAAGCGCACUAUGACGCUCAUCACAUCAAUUGUACUAGCCAUCUGGCGUGCUCACUGCGCGGUCAUAUUUGACCAGCAAUCCUUUUUGCCCUCCAUUGUAGCAGCCAAGACUGUUUUGAUAUGUUCUUGUUCAUCACUCUAGUCAAUUAUCACACCACUUGUUUUUCAAGUCCCUCACUUUCCUUUUGCAAUUUCUUUUCCAUCUUUCUCAUUUUCAUUUGUCAAUCAGCUCACUGUUUGCAUCCUAAAUCUGGCAUAAAAUCUGUGCCUGCAGCAUCAUUUAUAUACCUGCCCCGGCACUGUCACUCUCUCAGACACGAUGACGGAAAUGAAAUUGCGCCCUACUCUACGGGCCAUACAAAAAAAAUACCUCUACUACAAUAGAGCAUGCACAAACAAAUUCCUGUGUAGGCCUUAACACGCCUAUUCAAGGUGUUAGCAGAAACAAGACAAUGGCAGAAAGACCAGACACAGAUGUGCUAUGUGCUUUCAGUAAUAAUAGGACAGGAUAAGAAGGGAACCGGAAAGUAUGAGACCAUAGGAUGAGGGAAAAAACAAGAUACUGUAUACGAUUGAUGCUUUAUGUUAGAAGACAUUCCAUAGGUGUGCAUAUAUGAAUCUUUUACUAUGGAUUAUAAUAAUGGCACUUAAUGGAAAGAGACCUUAAGAAUGUGAUUGAUGAUGUUGAUGUUAAGAAAUUUAUCAGUAUACGAUCAUA